UAAUACUGCAUCAUCAGAGUGCUAAUUUGUGGACAAAAACAUUUUUCAAUUUUUCUCGUUGAACAGUUUAUCUACCCGUAUCAAAAUUGACCGAAUUCAAUAAAUAACGGUUAGUGGUUUGUGAAAGGAAUUCCUGUUUCUAAAAGUGUCAAAAAUUGUUGGUGACUAAAACGGAAAUCGAAGUCGUCGAACGUCCGCAGGAAGGGGUCUUAUUGUUCCAGAAAGAAGUGCGCUAGGGACUGAGUAUACGAUUCAGUCGUUUAAAUUCAGUAUAAAUAAGAAAUUAGCAGAAAACUUAGCCAACGGUGCUUGGAAGCACUUUUGUACUGCUGAUAUUUCUCUUGUUAAAGCCGGAAGUAAAUCUCGCAGUAAUGGGAAUCCUUGGAAAUUCGUCCUCAUUGACGACUGAUAUAGAGAAAGCUACAAGCGAAAACAACGCCCAGGAAAAAUGGGGUCUCAUUAUGGACGUGUGCGACAAAGUGAUCAAUGGCGCGGUAAACUCCAAGGACUGCUUGGCCGUGAUUGUUAAACGGUUAAACCACAGCGAUCCGCACGUCGUCAUGCAGGCCAUUACGCUCUUGGACGCUUGCGUUAGUAAUUGCGGCAAACAGUUUCACCUGGAAGUAGCUUCACGAACUUUCGAAACCGAAUUCAAAAAACUACUGGCGAAAAGUCAAUCGAAAGUUAAUAUGCGUCUCAAGCUUUGUCUUAAAAAGUGGGCGGAAUCCGAAUUCAAGAGUGAUCCACAGCUGAACCUUAUUCCGUCGCUGUAUCAAAAGUUGCGCUCCGAAGGGCACGAUUUUAGCGAUCCCUCGGUUACACCCAAGCGGGAGGUUCCACUGAGCAAAGAUCCAAAUGUAGUCUCUAGUCAACAGGAGGAAGAGGAUAUAGCGAAGGCCAUUGAAUUGUCGCUGAAAGAGAAUAAAAGCGGUACCGGUAGCACCAAUCAAUCGCCGAAAAUGACCAGCGGUACCGGUGCCGGUGUGGGCGCUUCAGGAAGCUCACUCUACCCGAUGUUGGCUACGGUUCCGGCGGCGGAGCUACGAAAGGUUCGCGCUUUGUACGAUUUUGAAGCUGCGGAAGACAACGAGUUGACCUUCCAGGCGGGUGAAAUCAUUAUGGUGUUGGAUGAUAGUGAUCCCAAUUGGUGGAAGGGUCAAAACCAAAGGGGAGAGGGCCUAUUUCCAUCGAAUUUUGUUACAUCGGAUUUGAAUGCCGAGCCUGAGAACGCUGCUGCUGGGUCAAGCAGUAAGAGUAAAAAGAAUGUGCAAUUUUCGGAUGAACAGAAAACAGAAGAGGAAAGCACACCAGCCAAGGAACAGGUGGUGGAGAUCAAUGAAGAGAAAAUAGAUCGUUUGUUACAUUUGCUGCAUGAGGCCGAUCCGGAGGAUCCAUCGGCCGAUACUGAAGAAAUGCUUCAACUAGAACAGCUAGUCAAUCAGAUGGGACCGUUGAUUGAUACUGAGCUUGAGCGUGUAGAUAGGAAGCAUGCCCAGUUGACACAAUUGAGCAGUGAUUUAGUGGAAGCCAUCAAUUUGUAUCACACUCUAAUGAGAGAGCCUGACCGUUCGAUGAUGAUGAACAUGGGCCCUCCUGGAUACGGAAUGCCAGGUUUUCCAGGACCAUCGGCAAUGCCCGGAAUGUACAGUAUGCCGGGAAUGUUUAACCAGAAUAUGUUCUCAUCCGGAAUGAAUGGAAUGCCCCCGUAUGGAAUGCAACAAAUGCGCCAUGAUAUGGGUCAAAUGAGUGUCAGUUCAAUUCCACAAUUUCCCCCGCCACAACAAUCCAUACCAACAAUGUCACAAAAUGGACCAUCAAGUUUACCCCCACAUCAAAUACCGACCAGUGCAGCGAUGGUAGGAAUGCAAGGUUUAGGUCAACAAUCUCAUCUAACAAUGAACCCACCCAUGCCUCCUCAGCAGUCAGUUCCACAACAGCAGCCUCAACACAUGCCAAACAUAACGAUUCCUUCGCAGAUGGUUGGUGCACCACAACCGUCGCAACAACCACCAACAACAUCGAUCAAUAUGAGUCACAUGCAACCAUCCUUACCACCAAACUUUUCCAACCCUACUUCACCACCGCCAUCCGUUAGUACAGCCCCUCCACUAACGCAGCAGCUACCACCAGCAGUUACCGUGCCCAACCAGCAAACGCCGCGACCGCCAUUGCCUCCUCAGCAGCAAGUUUCCACUGGCAGCUAUUCGAAUUUCACGCAACCUCAACAGCAAAUACCGCAGCCCGCAGCCGCGGGUGUUCCGGCCACCCAACAGCAGCCGCAACAACCGGCAACGGCUCCACCUCCCAACGGUGUUGUACAUAACCAUCACCUUCCGCAUCCUAAUGCUGCGUUGGGCUCACUUCCACCCUUUCAAAACCCUAUACUUCCCCCGUACAUACAAAUGCCACCGGGAAUGGCCCCCGGCGCUGGUUUUCCUCCCGUCAGUUCUGCUCAUCACCAUCACCACCAUAUGCACAUGGCAGGAGGAAUGAUGCCGCCCUCGGCGACACCCCUUUCGAUUAACACCGCGGCAAGCAAUUCACCGCAGAACAUUCCGAUCUACCAACAGCAACGGUAAACCUUUUUCUGUGGCGUCUCUUGUUAAAUCCUCCCAUCUCUAUUGAUUGAUUGAUUGAUUGAUAUUUAGCCUACACUAAAUUUUGAAUUGCAUCCUUUCGGUUCGUUUCGCGCCAUCUUCGCUGGUCGAGUAGCAAAAGAAGGAAGUCUGUUCAAAUCGGCCCUCUGUAGCUAAGCAACUGUGCCGGAAAUGCUUGUAGGCUUUUGAAAGUUUUAUUUUAUUUUUCAUCGUUUGGGUUUUUUUUCGAAACCAAAGACGUGAUUUUACAAAAGUCGUUCGAUUUGUUUGUUUGAAUAGUUUAGAAACAAUUUGACUAUUUAUUUUUUAGAGCUCUUGUGAUGAAUGAGCGAAGAAAUUCCAGUGUCACUUUUACAUGCUCGAACGCAACACAACUUUUCUUUUCAGCCAAUUGAUUGUUGAAUCUAAACGAAUCAGUCAGACUUAACCUAUUGCUUUCAUUAAUAGGGAGCUUUGAGUAUUCUCUCUCCAUUGUUUAAUUAGGACCGUUUAAAAUUAGGAUUAUUUUCUUCUUAGAAAACUAUCAAUAUUUUCAAGCCAAGGCAAAGGUUAACUCUUUACCUUCGAGCCAAACCGUUUGUGCCGUGUAACAUUGUGUGUAACCUAGUUCGGUUUGCGAAUUUUUCUUUAUUUUUUUUUUGUUUUAUUUAUUUUUUACUGAUUAUUCUUUUCAAACAUUGUUGAUUAAACAUUACUGCGAAGAAAUGCAGAUCAAGAGAGUUCAAGGGAGAGAGCGCACCGAAGAGGAAAUCAAUUUAACCUGUGCAGUCGACAUAGAGGAAACUGUGCGAACCGGCCGAGAUAAUAGCUUGCAAUUUAUAUAUUUCCACAUGAAUAAACGACGUGUAAAAAAAGCAGUAACUGCAUACCUAGCAAAAAAGUAAAACCAGCAUAUUAUUAUUAUUCUUAUUAUUGGAAAUUACAAGUAAAAAUAUGUAUUUAUAUGCUCUGAUGGUAGAUGAGAAGCGAACGGACGGUUAAACUAACCUCGACAGGGGGUCAUUGUGGAUCGGAAAUUGUAAUAUAUUGAAGAAAAGCCGCAAAGCUA